CUUCGAUUUUGAAAAUUUAACUUUAUACAAACUACAAAGUAAGUAGUUAUCACAUUACUGCACACACUUAAACACUCAAUAGCAGUAAACCACAAAACAAAUAUUGGUGAAAUGACUGGGUAUCUUAUAUAAAAAAAUGAAAUUCACUUAAAAAUUUACAGAUGAAGCUAACAUCGCUAUUCAGUCUUUUGAAGACGAUGUAUUUGAUGCCAUAUGUCCUUCACCUAUUACUUCAUGUGUGCGGUGUGCUGUGCAUACUCUACAACUAUGUAUUCUGGAAGGGUUUAAAAAUGCACCAAUCACCAGUUGCAUAGUUCAAGCGAGAAAGGUGGUGAAAAAAUUGAGAACACCUAAGUAUGCCACUUGGCUAAAAAGAAAAAACCUCAAGUAUGCUAUAAUAGAUAAUGAGACACAAUGGAACUCAGUCUUUAAUAUGCUAUUUAGAUUAUUAGAGUUGAAAGAGUUUUGCCAAGCCCAUCAUAGCACUAAUACUGAACUCAAAUUAAAAAAAAGUGAAUGGGAUUCUAUUCAAAGCAUAGUUGAUGCAUUAACGCCUGUUAAAAUAGCUACUCUUGCUCUUCAAAAACAAGACAUAAACCUAGGUGACUUCUAUGGAAUAUGGCUUAAAGCAUCCCAUGGUCUCCAGUCUAACGGUACCAUUUUAGCUAAACAGAUUUUGAAAUCUAUGAAACAGCGUGAGGUGUUAUUAUUGAAGAAUCCUGUGUUUUUGGCAGCAAUUUUCCUCGAUCCACGUUAUCAAUGUAUGUUAAAUGAAACUGACAAAAAUACUGGGAUUAAUCAUUUAAUUAAAACAUGGUCAUUUAUGAUUCAGAUACAAGAUAAUGUCUGUCAAACUGAUGUCGAUAACUCAGCUAUAGGUUAACACUGAUUAAUAA